AUGAUGGUCCCGAAUGCAUCCAAGAAGAGGCCUUCCUUUGCCAAAGGCCCGAGAAUAUUAGUGGCGUCGAAUGCAUCCGGGAUCAUGUCUGUCACUUAUGGCGGCAGGGAACACGUUGCUGCGGAUAACACGGACGAGGUGAAUGAGCACGACGCCACCGGACACAAACCUCUCGUUUUAGAAAAUGGCGUUGCAGGCAGUGGAUUUGUUGCUGAGGGUGAUGCGGACGGAUUGACUCAACGCAAUGCCUCUGGACACGAAAACCCCAAUUACGAGAAUUCACCGUGCAGUAAUCCGGAAACGGUGUGGGUCCCGACGACUGCUUUGCCCUGCGCAACGACGCGAAAUUGA